UGCAACUCACAAUUGACCUAGAGCUAGCUUAGCUAGCUGCGUCUGAAUCACGGUAGCAUAUUGCUGUUAAUAGCUACGACUUGCAGAUCGAUCGACCGAUCGACAGCAGGCGAGAUCUGCUUGCUGCUGCUGCUGCUAGCAACAUCUUGCUGCCGUACUGUCUCUGCAGUACAAGUAGCUAGCUAGCUAGUCUGUUCUCAUGGCCGGCAGUGGCAGUGGCAGGGACCCUCUGGUGGUUGGUAGGGUUGUGGGCGAUGUGCUGGACCAGUUCACCCGGACCACCAACCUCAGGGUCAGCUAUGGCGCCAGGACGGUGUCCAACGGCUGCGAGCUCAAGCCAUCCAUGGUGACGCAGCAGCCUAGGGUCGAGGUCGGCGGCAAUGACAUGAGGACAUUCUACACCCUUGUGAUGGUAGACCCAGAUGCUCCAAGUCCAAGUGACCCCAAUCUUACGGAGUAUCUGCACUGGCUGGUAACUGAUAUUCCUGGGACUACUGGAGCAGCAUUUGGGCAAGAGGUGAUGUGCUACGAGAGCCCUAGACCGAUCAUGGGGAUCCAUCGGCUGGUGUUCGUGCUGUUCCAGCAGCUGCGCCGUCAGACAGUGUUCGCCCCCGGAUGGCGUCAAAACUUCAACACCAGGGACUUCGCCGAGCUCUACAACCUUGGCUCGCCCAUCGCCGCCGUCUACUUCAACUGCCAGCGCGAGGCCGGCUCCGGCGGCCGAAGGAUUUACAACUAGCCAGCUUGCUAUAGCUAGCUAAGCUAUAUACCUACCUGCUAAUUAUCAUGCAUGCGUCCAGCAGUUGAAUCAAUCAAUCCUAGCUAGCUAGCUAUAUAUAUUAUAUGUAGUUAAUAAGUGCAAUAAACUGCAAGCUAGUGUGUGUAUAUAUAGAACUGGAAAUAAAUUAGGAGCUAAACCAUGCAUCAUAUGCAUGAGAUGUUUGCGGUUGUGCUCUGUGUCAUCCAGGAAUAUAUAUAUAUGCAGCAUGCAUAUAUGUGAUAUCAUAUACACAUACAGCAGAAUGUAGUAGAAGACAUCUGCACAUCGACCGACCAGCACAUUCAUGUAUUGGAUGUAGCAAGACAUUACCAUGAAAUAAAUAUAUAUAA